UGGCGGCGGCGGUGGCCGGGGGAAGCCGCGGGGCCGGUCAUGCGGCUGCGGGGCCCGCGGCCCGGAGCGUCCGCCCAGCCCUGAGCGAGGCCCCGCAGGGCGCCCCCCGCCGCUGAGGAUGAGUCACUGCAGCAGCCGCGCCCUGACCCUGCUGAGCAGCGUGUUUGGUGCGUGCGGCCUGCUGCUCGUGGGCAUCGCGGUCAGCACUGACUACUGGCUGUACAUGGAGGAGGGAACCGUGCUGCCGCAGAACCAGACCACGGAGGUCAAGAUGGCGCUGCACGCUGGCCUCUGGCGAGUCUGCUUCUUCGCAGGCCGAGAGAAGGGUCGCUGCGUGGCUUCGGAAUAUUUCCUUGAACCGGAGAUCAACCUGGUGACGGAAAACACAGAGAACAUUCUGAAGACAGUGCGCACAGCCACUCCCUUCCCCAUGGUCAGUCUCUUCCUCGUGUUCACGGCCUUCGUCAUCAGCAACAUCGGCCACAUCCGCCCACAGAGGACCAUUCUGGCCUUCGUUUCUGGCAUCUUCUUCAUCCUAUCGGGCCUCUCCUUGGUGGUGGGCUUGGUUCUUUACAUUUCCAGCAUCAACGACGAGGUCAUGAACAGGCCCAGCAGCUCUGAGCAGUAUUUCCACUAUCGCUACGGGUGGUCUUUUGCCUUUGCUGCUUCCUCCUUCCUACUCAAAGAGGGGGCUGGCGUGAUGUCCGUGUACUUGUUCACCAAGCGCUACGCGGAGGAGGAGAUGUACCGCCCGCACCCGGCCUUCUACCGCCCGCGUCUCAGCGACUGCUCUGACUACUCGGGCCAGUUUCUGCAGCCCGAGGCGUGGCGCCGCGGCCGCAGCCCCUCCGACAUCUCCAGCGACGUAUCCAUCCAGAUGACGCAGAACUACCCUCCCGCCAUCAAGUACCCGGACCACCUGCACAUCUCCACCUCGCCCUGCUGAGGCCCUGCCUCUCGGAGGUCCCCUCCUCCUCCUCACGGGUCUCCCCGCAACGCAGCUCCCCUCCCUUCUUUGGGACUCCCGGCUCCCACCUGGAGGAUGCUGCGCAAGCUUUAGGCCCCGCCCUCUUCCCAAUGGCCCCGCCCCGUCACCCUAACCCCGCCCUUUUUCCAAUUGCUCCUCCCCCCUUUCCUGACCUCUCCACUUCAUUGGCCCCUUCCACUUCCAGAUGGCUCCUCCCCCUAGAUAGCCCGCCCCCUUUCCUGUAAGGCCCGCCCCUUUCCUCUGGCCCCGCAUCUCCCAGCCAAUUACCUGCCAGAGUUCCCCUGCGCUGUGCACCUGCUUCCGAGCAGUGGGCUGCGCAGGCGCCCACCUCCCCUGAGGCCCGCAGCCUUUCGUCUGGCGGCAGGAGCGCUGGGCUGGAGAGUAGGUUCUGGCAGCCGUCAGGAAUGCCAACCAACCUCUUCUCCCCUCUGCCUUGACUCCUCUCUUUCCUGGCCCAAUUUCACCUUUGGACCUUUGGGGUCCUCAGGUGCAGUGGGGGGGGCCUCCUUCUCCGCCCACAGCUCCAGGGUGAGGUGAGGGGCUGGAGGCCCCGGGUAUGGUUAAUCUGGUCUUCCCGCCCCCCCCC